UUUUAUUUACAAAUACUUUUAAAAUUGACUUAAAUUCCGAAAAAUUAAAAAUGCCGUAAACUCUUUUUGAAGCCUCUUCUCUCCCUCCAUAAGUACCCUUCCUACCUUCCUCCUCCCUCACACAAAUUCUCCUCUCUCUCUCUCUUCCAAAACUAAAUUUUUUUCCGUACUGAAGAAAAAAUGGCGGCGAAAGUAACGAUAGUAAUGGCGGUUAUGGUGGUUGUUGCUCUGACGGCAACCACAGUGAACGCCAAGAUCCCCGGAGUUUACACCGGAGGUCCUUGGGUUGACGCUCACGCCACCUUCUACGGCGAGGCUGACGCUUCCGGCACUAUGGGCGGUGCGUGUGGUUACGGGAAUUUGUAUAGUCAAGGAUACGGAGUGAACACGGCAGCUUUAAGCACGGCCUUGUUCAACAAUGGCUUGAGCUGUGGAUCUUGCUUUGAGCUAAAAUGUGUGAACGAUCCAGGCUGGUGUCUUCCCGGAAACCCAUCAAUCCUAAUCACCGCCACUAAUUUCUGCCCUCCUAACUUCAAUCAAGCUAGCGACAAUGGCGGUUGGUGUAACCCUCCUCGUGAGCACUUUGAUCUCGCCAUGCCAAUGUUUCUUUCCAUCGCUAAGUAUAAGGCUGGUAUCGUCCCCGUCUCUUACCGCAGGAUCCCAUGUAGGAAGAAGGGAGGUAUGAGAUUCACGAUCAAUGGAUCGCAUUACUUCAACUUGGUGCUCAUCACUAACGUAGCCGGAGCGGGAGACGUCGUGAAGGUGAGUGUGAAAGGAACCAACACAGCGUGGUUAAGUCUUAGCCGGAAUUGGGGACAAAAUUGGCAAUCCAACGCAAUUCUCGUCGGCCAAUCUCUUUCUUUCCGAGUCCAAACCUCCGACCGCCGAAGCUCCACCUCCAACAACAUCGUUCCGAGUAACUGGCAAUUCGGGCAGACUUUCUCCGGCAAGAAUUUCCGCGUCUGAUCAUUUCUAGACAAAUAAAGGAAAAAAUCGGCGGAAGAUACCGAAUCUUUUUUUUAUAUAAUAUAAAAUACAUAUAUAUUUACGUGUCUUUAAGCUUAGUUACGAUUUGGAAUUGGGGUUUUACCAUUUUUCCCUUAUUUUCUCAGGGAAAGUAUUGGGGUUGCUUGGUUCGGAAGUUAGGGUUUUGUUUUAAAGUUUAGGGCUUGUGUUUUGCUUUUGGUGUGUGUUUGUGUCUUUGCUUGGAAUGUAGAGAGGCUGAAGCGGCUGCAAAAAGAAAGGGUUGGGAUAAAGAUCAAUGUAGCCCGCAGCUCUCCUUUACGCUCUGUUUGUAUUAAGUAUAUAUAAUAUAAAGAAACUUGAAUUUAUUUGAUGAUUUGUCUCAGUAACUAAAAUCGUUCCUAUAACUAAAGC